AGGGGGCGUGGUAGUAAAAUGACUUCUGUAAAGAGUGGCUCGCGAACAGUAGGCACCGACAAAAACGGUUCGAUUUCGACGAUUGGAAAGUCGGCCAGCGGCGAAUUGAUGUCGACCUGGUCGCGGGCCUUCACGGCCAACUCGGAGUGGCCCGACAAGGAUGAAUUUUUAGACGUCAUUUACUGGGCAAGACAAAUCCUCGGCAUCCUUAUUGGAAUCGUUUGGGGUGUUUUGCCGUUGAAGGGCUUCAUUGCCUUGCUCUUGUUUGCGAUUGUUAACGCCGGUCUCGUUUAUCUGUAUUUUUCUACCUUCCAAAAUGUGGAUGAGGAGGAAUACGGUGGUGCUUGGGAACUGACCAAAGAAGGAUUUAUGACGUCGUUUGCUGGAUUUUUGGUUACAUGGAUUAUUAUUUACUCAGGACUUCAUCAUCAAUGACACAGAUUUCCCGGUGAUAUUGCUGGAGUGUUGAUGUGACUGAAGACAUUUAACCUGAGUACUGUCACGAAGCGUCAUAAUUUCGAGAAAGUUGUUGUUUCUUAUAAUUUAUUUGUUUGGAGCGCGUCCCUUGAACGCUAUCAGUUUACGGUUGUAUUAAAAUGCAUCAAUUCCAACCAAACAAUAUGUUUUUGCCUUUGGAGUGCGAAGUGGUCAUUUUUAUACCUGUUUAUUCGUUAUCCUAAUGUAAUAAUUCAACUUGUACCAUGUUUUCCUACUCCACGUUAUGAAAGAAAUAAAUAGUGGAAGCAUUUGUAAUAAAUCAGAGGAAAGUUGAGAUGGAA